GUUACCCGCACUUACCGGCAUUCAGAGCACCAUCACUACCGACCGGAAAGGUGUCGGAUAUUUGGAGUACUUUAAUUAUAUUUAUUUAAUUUAAGAUUUCCUUUGUAUUUUCAAAAUGCCUGGAUAUGCUGACAGAGAUCGCGGUAGAGAUAGAGGGUAUGGCGGCAAUUUUGGAGGCAGCCGAGGCAGAUACGGUAGCAGCCCACCACGUUUUGGAGGCGGCCGUGGAGGAGGCCAGGGGAAGAAGUUUGGCAAUCCUGGCGAGGGGCUGAGGAAGAAACACUGGAAUCUAGACGAACUGCCGAAAUUCGAGAAGAACUUUUAUAAAGAACAUCCUGAUGUUACACGCAGAUCACCGCAAGAUGUAGAACAGUACAGGAGGACCAAGGAGGUAACCGUGAAAGGAAGAGACUGUCCCAAUCCCAUCCUACAGUUCUAUGAAGCCAGUUUCCCUUCAUAUGUAAUGGAUGUCAUCAACAAACAGAACUGGCCCAACCCAACACCUAUUCAGGCACAGGGUUGGCCUUUGGCUUUGAGUGGGAAGGAUAUGGUUGGCAUUGCACAGACUGGCUCAGGGAAAACCCUUUCUUAUCUUCUACCUGCAAUUGUUCAUAUUAACCACCAACCAUUCCUGGAACGGGGAGAUGGUCCUAUUUGUUUGGUUCUGGCCCCUACCCGUGAGCUUGCACAACAAGUCCAGCAGGUGGCAGCAGAGUAUGGCAAAGCUUCUCGCCUCAAGACAACCUGCAUCUACGGAGGAGCACCUAAAGGACCUCAGAUCCGUGACUUGGAGAGGGGUGUAGAAAUUUGCAUUGCUACACCAGGAAGACUGAUUGACUUCCUGGAGGUUGGCAAAACUAACCUGCGUCGCUGCACUUACCUCGUGCUAGAUGAGGCUGACAGAAUGCUGGACAUGGGUUUUGAGCCCCAGAUCCGCAAGAUCGUUGACCAGAUCAGGCCGGACAGACAGACCCUGAUGUGGAGUGCUACCUGGCCCAAAGAGGUUCGCCAGCUUGCUGAAGACUUCCUGCGGGAGUAUGUGCAGAUCAACGUGGGUGCCCUGCAGCUGGCUGCAAACCACAACAUCUUGCAGAUUGUUGAUGUGUGUAACGAUGCAGAGAAGGAUGGCAAGCUGCUUCGUCUCCUGGAGGAGAUAAUGAGCGAGAAGGAGAACAAGACUAUCAUUUUUGUAGAGACAAAGAGGCGGUGUGAUGAAUUAACCAGGCGGAUGAGGAGAGAUGGGUGGCCAGCGAUGGGCAUUCAUGGUGACAAAAGCCAACAGGAGAGAGACUGGGUGCUCAAUGAGUUCAGAUUCGGCAAGGCUCCCAUACUGAUAGCCACAGAUGUCGCUUCCAGGGGUCUCGAUGUGGAAGACGUGAAGUUCGUCAUCAACUACGACUACCCCAACAACUCUGAAGACUACAUUCACCGAAUCGGCCGAACGGCGCGUAGUCAGAAGACUGGAACUGCCUACACCUUCUUUACUCCUGCCAACAUGAAGCAGGCGGGAGACCUCGUCUCUGUCCUACGCGAGGCCAAUCAGGCCAUCAACCCCAAGCUCAUCCAGAUGGCGGGGGACAGAGGAGGUCGAGGCCGGGGAGGCAGAGGUGGGCAUGAUCGAGACCGGUACUCCAGCGGCAGGCGGGACUUUGGCAGCUUCAGGGACCGUGAUAACGACCGGGGUUAUGACAACGGACCAAAGAAGGCCUUUGGCAACAAGACUCAAAAUGGAGGGGGAUAUGGCUCAAAUGGCAGUUUCAAUGGCAGUGGGGCAAACUCCUAUGGUAGUGGUGGCUACAGCAGCAAUGGACAGUCUAACCUUGGGGUUCCUUUUGGGGCCCAAAAUUUUCAGAAUCAGCAAUUUGGUGGUACCAACCAGGCAGCAGGAAUGCAGAACGGCAUGACCCAACCCCAGUUCCCAUUUAAUCCUCAGCAGCAGCCGCCCCAGCCAAUGGCACAGCCGUUAAUGCCAUUCCCCCCAAUGCCCCCAUCGUUCCCCCAGUAAAGCGCACAGUCUUGUAAUUUUUAUUUCUCCCUGGUCUUAUAUUAAGUUCUGUAUUGUUUAUCCAUACAAGGUUUUUUUUUUUUUUUUACUUGGCUGUUAAAGCAGCCGAUCGGACUCCUUUUCCUGGUCCAAGUCUGCAGAGCAGCAGUAGUGAUGGUGCACUUUUCUUUCUUUUUUCGUUUUUUUUUUUUUUUUAAAUUGUCAUUAUUUAGUUGAGAUUUUGCUGACCAUUUUAUUGUUACAUUCCUAAGUAACUUGAGUCUGAUUAUUUUGUACUAGUGAGACUUCAACCUGUGGGUAUUCACACCUGUAAAGUUUUACAUGAUAUCUUUAUCUGGAGGCCUGUCUUGGCCUUCAAAAUAAACCCAAAAAGACA